AUGCAGCUCACAGAGAGCUUGGGCUUUGGCUCGGCAGCCUUACAACGUCUCACGCGCUCAGAGACACGUCUUGCGGCCGAGAACAAAACGAGGACGAUGUCCCGAUGUACGGUGCGUCUCCUUCGCUUCUCGACUGAGGUCUACGUUUGCCAGGUGGACAACUGUGAUGUUGGCUUCCCCGAUGGCGGCCUCGAGGUGGUCGCCGGAGAUGCGCCGACCUUUCCCUCGAACCCCUUCACGCUGGUCUCCGCGCAGCAGACGGUCAUCGAGCUUUCCUGGGGCUCGCCUUCGGGUGCACGGCGCCUCGCUGCGGCCGUGGCCCCCAGGCGGCGGCUCACCGGGCUGCCGGUUUUGGAGUACCAGAUCUUCUCCGACAACGGGCAGGGCGUUGGGGGCAGUCUCACGAACUCCAUCUAUGUCGGCUCGGCCACCUCCUUCCGGGCGGACACCCUAAACCGAGGCGUCACCUAUCGCUUCCAGAUCCGGGCUCGCAACGCCAACGGCUGGGGACCCCUCAGCGGGAUCAUGUCCUUCGCGGCCUCCGAGGCCCCGGGCGUGCCGCGCAACCUGAGGUACCUGUCCUCGACGACCACCUCCGUCAAGGUGGUCUGGGAUGUCCCAACUGCCGUGCACAAUGACGAGUCGCCCAUCACGCGCUAUGAGGUGCUCUGGAACGACCAGACCACCAUGUCAGCCACACAGAUGCUCACCACGUCACCGGGCUUCAAGGAGGUGAGCCCUCCUGGUCCGCUCACGACGGGGAACACCAUCCGCUUCGAGGUGCGCGCCUGCAACAUCAACGAAUGCGGUGCCUACUCUUCGAGGCUGGAUCUGGUGAUCGGAGGCCUGCCAGAGGCCCCGUCGGCGCCCUUCAUGGUCUCGUCCACCGGGGCGCAGCUGACCUUGGGCUGGGACUACGUGGGCAAGGACAACGGGGGCGUGCCUCUGACACAAUACAACGUGAAAGUCUCCUCGGACGGUGGCAGCACCUACACCACUGCAGGCAGCACGGCAGAUGCCUCGGUGUUCACGUUCACCUACACCUGCGGUGCCAGUCAGCUGUUCUUCUUCAAAGUGUCAGCUGUUAACGGUGUUGGUACCGGUGAGGGUGCCGAUUCCGACCCAGUGGGUCUCUACUGCGUUCCGCCUCCCGACACGCCGACGGCACCUGCCCUGACGAGCACGGCCUCCUCCUUGACGAUUGCUCUGUAUCAGCCGACAGCCGGACAGCUCCAGAACGCGCAGCACACCGGGUGGCGCAUUCUGGUGGAUGAUGUCAAUGAUGCGGACAACAUCUACGACGAACUGGAGGUAGCGGACACGACGAUUCUGUCCUACACCAUCACCACGGGCAUCACCACCGGGCACUACUACCGUGCGAAGCUGAAGCUCUGCUCAGUCGCGCACUGCAGCGCCGAGUCGGACGUUGGCGGCCCCGUCGUUGCAGCCUCGCCGCCGGAUGCUCCUGCGCCAGUCUACGUUCUCUCGUCAACAAGCAACAGCAUCACCUUCACUUGGGAGUGCGCAGCUCAGCCUUGCGCUGCAACGCUGCACGUGAGCAUGCGAGGCGGUCUCCUGAGCUUGGCGCUCCUGGCAUUCGCCGGAGUCGUCGGGUGCAGCCUGGCGCAGAAUGCCUUCCUGUCGGCGGUCGGCAGGCAGCCCGAGGCUGCGACGAACCGGCGGCAGAUGCUGAUGGCAUCUGGCCUCGCAGGUCUAGGCGGCUUUGCGCAGAGCGCCUCUGCCGAUGUCUUCGGCGACGUGGCACCGAAGAGGAUGCCCUUCAGGGGCGAUAUGAGCACUCCGCAAGCGCAGCAGGCGAUGGUGGGGAAAGCCAGAGACAUCGGACCCGUCUUCAGCCAGGAUGGCGUCUGCUAUGAGAUCGACAAUGCUCAAGUAGGCAAGACCAUGCCCACGAAGAAGGGCGUCAUUGUGUACGACCCGGAUGCGCCGUGCGGCGCAGGGAAGGCCUUCGUCCAUGCUUCUGGCAACGGCAACUUCGAGCCAAUGACUGCCGGAGGCGGGCCGGGCAAGCACAAGUACUAUGCCGCAAUCUUCGACCCGGAGCUGGUGACGAACUUCAAAGACAACAUCGGCAAGUGUGCCAACAUCCCUCAAGGCGGCAACGAGACCAUCAGCUUCGAGAUUGCGAACCUCGAGCGCGGCGGCAAGUUCCCUGGAUCCAAUGGCGGAGCUGUCAUCGAAGGCUGGUACAUCUACGUGUCCAGCGAUGGAGAAACUUGGCCCGAUGUUUCGAACCCUGACGACGGGAUCGCGGAUGUAAACAACCGGGAGUUUUACCUCGGUUGUGGGAACUGGUCGGCCAGCAAUAUGAUGCUCUAUGUGAGGGUCGCUGCCUACAGCCAGGCCGGAACCGGAGCCCUCUCUGACACGCUGCAAUACCGAUGCUCACCGCCGCCGGCCACUCCGGCCGCGCCCACACUGGUGACUUCCAACGCUGAAAACAUCACCAUCGCCUGGACGGUGCCGACAAGCACGGACUUGGCCCAGUCUCUGCACCUGGGAACCCAGGUGCAGUACGACGAUGGUGCGGCCGGACCCUACACGACCGUCUCGCUCACGGACACGUUGCAGGUGCAGUACACGCUGACGGGGCUGUCUGCAGGCUUGACGUAUAGGUUCCGCAUCCAGACGGUUUCGGAAACCGGGACGAGCACGGAAUCCACGGCCUUGUCCGUGGUGGCGGCCUCCGUGCCGGAUGCUCCCGUAGUCUCGAUCGUCUCGACGUCGGAUACCACGCUGGAGUAUUCCGCAGUGCUGUCGGGCUCGACAGGUGGGUCGCCCAUUACGGAAUGGCGAGCCUACAUCUCCAUCGACGGCGUCGCGUAUCCGAUCAAUCCCAACAUCCCUACGGCCACCUUGGCUGCGGCCUUUACGAGCUACUCCUUCGACUGUACAAACUUUGCCGCUGCAGAUUGGAGUCAGCAGUACAUCUGGAUCAUCAUGUCCGCCGUGAGCAACGCCGGGGAGGGCGCCUUCUCCACCCCUCUGCAGCAGCGCUGCUCUGCCAUCCCGGGCACCCCAGCGGCUCCGGGGCUGGUCUCCUCCACGGCGAACUCCAUCACGCUCAGCUUCGACACCAACGGACUGAGCGGGGCGUUCCUGACGGGCUUCAAGAUCUACACGGACGACGGCAACGGUGGGCCAUGGUCCAUGGACCUCGUGACCGACACCACGCAGAGGACCUUCACGAAGUCGGGAUUGAACGCCGGGUUGAACUAUCGCUUCAAGGUGGAGGUCGUCUCCGAAGUCGGCACAAGCGCUUCCUCGCCGGUGGCCACCUACGUCUCAGCCGCUGUCCCCGAUGCACCGACGGUGAGUGUGGCAAGCUCCACCAACAGCGACAUUGACUUGACCUGGGUGGCAGGUGCGUCGGAUGGCGGCUCGGCCAUCACCCGCUGGCACGUCUUCACCUCCAAGGACGGGGCCACUUGGUCGGCGCUGGACAGUCCACAGUACACGAUCAUCACCCCCACCACGACGACUCAAACCGUCGACUGCACAGAUACCUUCAAGUGGGGAGGCUCCGAUGUGUCGCAAACCUACGUGUACUUGAGGGUGUCGGCUCUCAACGGAGCGGGCAUCGGCACUCCGUCCAACUCGUUCCGAUGGCGCUGCUCUGCCAAGCCCGGAACACCUGCGAUCCCUGCCAAGGUGAGUGGCACCACCAACACCAUGACGAUCUCGUUCGCUCCAAAUGGCUUGAACGAAGCAGUGCUCUAUGGGUACAAGCUGUAUUACGACGACGGCUUAAGUGGCCCCUACACAGAGGUCUACGUGAGCUCGGGGGCCACGUCGCAGUACACGUUCACGGGCCUGACACCGGCCUUGCCAUACCGCUUCUACCUGAAGGUCGUCUCGGAGGUCGGGGACAGCGACCCCUCGCCGGUGCUCACGGCCGUGGCGGGCGCCGCUCCCGGAGCGCGGCGGAAUGCGGGGUGGCCGCUUCUCGGCCCAGGGCCACGCGCAUGGAGAGCGCGCGCGCACGCCGACGCACGCAGCCGCAGCAAGGGUGCCCCUAUAGACGCAGGGAUCGCAGCCUCGCCUCUUCCAGUUUUUCAAGACUCUUACGUUGCGCUUCAGACCUCAGUCGACCUCUGA